AUGUCGUCCAGCAACCAGAUCCCGAACCUCAGGACCCUCGUCGGCCGCGGGCGCCGAGGCGGGCUGCGAGGCCGCGCACGGGGCGGACCGGGAGCGUCGAGCGAGAGCAGCGCGGCCGUUCGCGACAGUGCGGUGCGCGCGACCGACCAGGACGCGGCGGGCAGCAGGGUGAGCUGCGUGGAGCUGGGCUACCUCGACGACGCGUAUGCGAAGCUCUUCGCAACCCAGCCCUCGGCCAGACGCCUUCCCCUCUUGAACAGAGGCUCCUACGUCCGCACCACGGCAAUCGACCUCCUCAUCGACCGCUUCCUCGCCACGCCCACGCGCGGCCUCAAGCAGAUCAUCUCCCUCGGCGCCGGCACCGACACGCGCUAUUGGCGCCUGCGCGACAAGCACCCCGACACGCCUCUCAUCUACCACGAGCUCGACUUCCCCGCCAACGCCGCCUCCAAGCUGCUCUCCGUCCAGCGCCACUCGGAGCUCCAAGACGCCCUCGGCGCCUCUGACCUCGGCCUUGCGGGGCCCCAGCAAUCCUACCACAGCUCCACGUACAACCUGCACGCGCUGGACCUGCGGCUCCUCGCUGCGGCGGACACGGCGAGCCUGCCAGACCUCCCGAACCUCAGUCCCUCCGCCAACACCCUCAUCCUCUCCGAAAUGUGUUUGUGCUAUCUGCAACCGCAGAUGGUGAAGCAGAUAAUGCACACACUCACAACACACUACCUCUCCCCCGACACACCCGCAUCCCUCGUCCUCUACGAGCCCAUCCGCCCCAACGACGCCUUCGGCCGCACCAUGAUCUCCAACCUCGCCACGCGCAACAUCCACCUCCCCACGCUCCUCACAUAUCCCGAACUCACGGACCAGCGCGCGAGACUGAACGAAUAUGGAUUUGUGGACGGACGCGGCGCCGUGGACACGGCGUUUGUGUGGCGGGAGUGGGUGAGCGGGGAGGAGAAGGAGCGCGUGGGACAGCUGGAGAUGCUGGAUGAGAUGGAGGAGCUGGAGCUGUUGCUGCGGCAUUACUGUGUGUGUUGGGGGUGGCGGGAUGGCGAUGAACACCGGGACGAGGAGAGGGACGGCGAGGGGGGUCUGUUUCGGAGGGCGUGGGAAGGGGUCCAGGGGAACAACGCUGGAUGAGCGCUCAUGAUGCAAGGGUCGGAGAAAAAGUGGGAACAGGGCAGAGAGACCAACAGUGGAAGAGUGAGCUUUCAAGGAGGAGCAUCACAGGUCAGGAGAAUAGAACGUGGUUUCAUUCUCCGCAGACUGCGCUGCACAGAGCAGCUAGCUAACCCAACAUCACAUAUGUACUGUAAAUCCAGACACGACUGAACAAGAACAUCCAUAUACCUUUCAAUCCGCCUUGUGGGUUGAAAUCCAAGCCCAGCUCCCAUGCAUUCCGAGGCCGUGAUGCAUUCAUUACCCCUCCCGCCAGGAACGCCAUACACAAAACGACUCGCAUGAUUCUAUCCAACAAGGA